GGCGAAGUGCCUCGGCAUGCGGGAUCCAGCGGCAGCGCUCAGCGGGAACCUCUCCUCUCCGCCCGCGAUGUGUGAGCAGCUGUGGAGCUCCCGGGGCCGAUUCUGCUCUCUGCGUGUUCACGCUCUCCUCCCCCAGGCGUGUUAGAGCGGGUCCGGCUGCGUGGUUCAUCUUUCCAAGCCUUUUUCCCGCGGGUCUCGGUACCGUAAAGUUCAGCGAUGGGCACCCUGCGCGACCUCCAGUACGCCCUGCAGGAGAAGAUCGAGGAGCUCCGGCAGAGAGACGCGCUGAUCGACGAGCUGGAGCUGGAGCUGGACCAGAAGGACGAGCUGAUCCAGAAGCUCCAGAACGAGCUGGAUAAAUACCGCUCCGUGAUCCGACCGGCCACUCAACAGGUCCACAAGCCCACCAACGAGCUCCAGGAGCAGCAGAGGACCAAGAGGCAGGCGAUCUCCGCCGAGCCCACCGCGCUGGACAUCCAGGACCUCAGCCACGUUACACUGCCCUUCUACCCCAAGAGCCCAGAGUCUAAGGAGUUGAUCAAAGAGGCUAUUCUGGACAAUGACUUCAUGAAGAACCUGGAGCUGUCUCAGAUCCAGGAGAUAGUGGACUGCAUGUACCCGGUGGAGUAUGAGAAAGAGAGCUGCAUCAUUAAAGAGGGAGAUGUGGGCUCUCUCGUCUAUGUUAUGGAAGAUGGCAAGGUGGAGGUGACCAAGGAGGGCAUGAAGCUGUGCACCAUGGGACCGGGCAAGGUGUUCGGAGAACUGGCCAUCCUGUACAACUGCACCAGAACGGCUACUGUUCAGACUCUCACCAAUGUGAAAUUAUGGGCCAUCGACCGACAGUGUUUCCAGACCAUCAUGAUGAGGACAGGACUCAUCAAGCACGCAGAAUACAUGGAGUUUUUAAAGAGUGUUCCAACAUUCCAAGGCCUUCCAGAAGAAAUACUCAGCAAACUGGCAGAUGUGUUGGAAGAGACUCACUAUGACGAUGGAGAAUAUAUUAUUAGACAGGGGGCGAGAGGAGACACCUUCUUCAUCAUCAGUAAAGGAAAGGUGAACGUUACCCGGGAGGAUUCGCCCAGUGAUACUCCAGUUUACCUGCGUGCUUUAGGGAAGGGAGACUGGUUUGGAGAGAAAGCCCUUCAAGGAGAGGACAUCAGGACGGCCAAUGUCAUCGCUGCUGACGCUGUCACCUGCCUGGUCAUCGACAGAGAUUCUUUCAAGCAUUUGAUUGGAGGUCUGGACGACGUCUCCAGUAAAGGCUAUGAGGAUGCUGGAGCCAAAGCCAAAUACGAGGCGGAAAACGCUUUCUUCUCCAACCUGAAGCUGGCCGACUUCAACAUCAUCGACACCUUAGGAGUGGGAGGAUUUGGACGAGUUGAGCUGGUGCAGCUCAAAAGUGAGGAGACCAAAACGUUCGCCAUGAAGAUUCUGAAAAAGCGCCACAUCGUGGACACGAGGCAACAGGAGCACAUCCGCUCUGAGAAACACAUCAUGCAGGAAGCUCAUUCAGACUUCAUAGUAAGAUUGUAUAGGACGUUCAAAGACAGCAAGUAUCUGUACAUGCUAAUGGAAGCUUGCCUGGGAGGAGAGCUGUGGACCAUUCUUAGAGACAGAGGAUCUUUUGAAGACUCCACAACACGGUUCUACACCGCCUGUGUGGUCGAAGCCUUCGCUUACCUGCAUUCCAAAGGGAUCAUCUAUCGGGAUCUCAAGCCAGAAAACCUCAUUUUGGAUCAUAGAGGCUAUGCCAAGCUGGUGGAUUUUGGUUUCGCCAAAAAAAUUGGAUUUGGGAAGAAGACGUGGACUUUCUGUGGAACGCCGGAGUAUGUAGCCCCAGAGAUUAUCCUCAACAAAGGCCAUGACAUCUCAGCAGAUUACUGGUCGUUAGGUAUCCUCAUGUAUGAACUUCUGACUGGCAGCCCACCAUUCUCAGGACCUGAUCCAAUGAAGACAUACAAUAUCAUUUUGAGAGGUAUUGAUAUGAUAGAAUUUCCAAAGAAGAUCACCAAAAAUGCUGCCAAUCUAAUAAAGAAACUAUGCAGGGACAAUCCAUCUGAGAGACUGGGAAACUUGAAAAAUGGGGUAAAAGACAUCCAAAAGCACAAAUGGUUUGAAGGCUUUAACUGGGAAGGUCUGCGCAAAGGAACACUCACCCCUCCGAUUAUCCCUGAUGUGUCAUCUCCCACCGACACCAGUAAUUUCGACAGUUUCCCCGAGGACAGCGAGGACCCGCCCCCUGAUGAUAACUCUGGCUGGGACACUGAUUUCUAAACCGGGCCGUGUGAAGUGCCGCGAUCAGCCCGUAACGAUUGUGGGUCAGGACCUUCUGGACGUUCUUGUGUUUGAGUGACUGCUGCUCGAGGAGGCGGAGUUUAACAAAAAAACAAUAAAAAAAAAAAGGAACAGUUCAGCUCUGGGUCACCAUGAUGCCUUCCCCAACGCUGCUCAUCCUCCUGCAGCGACAUUGGGAUGUCCCAGCUUCCUGUCUGCAGCGCUCCACGUGUACCAUAACCCGAUAAUCCAAACCCCCGUUCUCUCCUCUGUGCAGAGCCUCGGGUCUUCUCAUACAGGCCUGGAGACGGACUGCCGUCGCUUCAUCUUCCAUUACGACAUAUUGUUUAUACAGUAUUUACUGAUAGUGCACUUACUCUACCGUUUCAUUUGCCUUUUACUGAUUGCAUGAGCAGUGCUGUCAGCUGGUUUGGGAAGAGUGCAUUUAACACUCUUUAAGUGAAGAUUGAAGAAAGCUUGUUUUUCUUAUUCUGAUGAUGUUCUAAUUUGAUUAUUUGAAUUCUAGUUAUUUUGCAACUUUAAAAAUAUACACUAUAUUGCCACAAGUAUUCGCUCACCCAUCCAAAUAAUUGAAUUCAGGUGUUCCAAUCACUUGAAUGGCCACAUGAGUAUAAAACCAAGCACCUGGGCAUGAAGAAGUGAAGGAAUGGGUCGCUCUCAGGAGCUCGCUAAAGAUUCCAUAGCCAACUGUCAGUGAUAUUGAUGGAAUCAAAAUAAAAUCAAAAUGGAAGUGACUUGGAAUGACAGAAACUCAUUCAUUAAAUGGUAAAACACAUAAAAUGAACAGAGCGUGAUCAUGUGAUCUUCAGAUUAGCUCAAGAACAGUAGAGCGUAGAGAGCUUCAUGGAAUGGGUUUCCAUGGUUGAGAAGCUCCAUUCAAGCCUUACAUUUCCUCAACUCAAUAGAUGUCGGAUGCAGUGGUGUAAAGCAUGCCACCUCUGGACUCUAGAACUGGACUCUAGAAUUGUGAAGUUAUGUUCUCUGGAGCAAUGAGUCAUGCUUGUCUAUCUAGCAAUCCAAUGGAUGAGUCUGGGUUUGGUGGUUGCCAGGAGAACUUAUUUUCUGACUGCAUUAAUGUGUGUCUGGAAAACGAUCAAAAAUUCCCAUAAACACUAGAGCUGCAACUAAUGAUUAUUUUGGCAGUCGACUAAUUUGGUGAUAAUUUUUUCGAUUAGUCAACGAUUAAUUCUGCCAUGUCCUCCACCUCUAUAAAAGAAUGAUAAAAUGAUAGAAACAGCUGAACAUGAGAUUUAAAAGGCACACAUAUGAAAGUGGAGUAUUUUAAAAGUACUGAUAUUUAAAGGGUAAAAAUGUAAUCUGCUGUGUUUGGGCACUAUUGGAGUGAGCCAUUUACCCAUCUCCCCGUGCCCUUCUGUGCCCAUCACUUUGUGUAAUGCGGUACUGUUACAAAUUAACAAUCAGUCGACAAUUAAAUUUGUAGUCGACAAAUAUAAAUUAAAAAAAUCGACAUUGUCGAUUAUAUCGACUAAUGUUGCGGCCCUAAUAAACACACUCCUAAACCUUGUGGAAAGCCUUAACAGAAGACCUGAAGCUGUUGUAGCUGUAAAGCUGUUCGUCAAUUCGCUCAAGUUCUUUUUUAAGCCAGAUGGGUGAUACUUUUGGCGAUAUAGUGUAAAUUAAGAUUUGCCCAAUGUUAUAAAUGUACAAACUCUAGUUUAUUUACCACUUUUAUUAUUUAUGAUAUUUACAAUAUUUAUCCAAAUGUUUAUGGACAACCCUUAUAAACCCUAUAAAAUAUAACCCUAUAGAAUUCAGCUUUCCACUUUAAGAUUAACCCAUUGCAGAAGUAUUGCCAAUAGAAUAGGACUCUCUGGAGCUGAUAAACCAAUUGGCACCAGGUCUGGCACCAAUGCCAAGUGUGGGUUAGAGGGGUAGAGUAUGAAGCUCCCAGCAAUGAACUGUGGAGCAUUUCCCUGAAAGGAUGGUGCUCCAUCCAAUACUGGUAAUUGGUAUGAGCCAGGGAACCUUUUAUUAUGUGUGGGUUAAGAGUAUGAGAGGGUUAAAGCUUCCCAGUAGUAUUGAGCUAUGGAGCUGUGGAGCCACUGUGGGAUUAUGGAUGGUGCUCUCCAUCCAGUAGUUUUGGAGAGAUUGAGGUCUCAUAGUGAACGACUCACUUCAUCAGUGACCUCACUAACGUUUUUGAAGUCCUUGUAGCUAACUGCAAACAAAUCCUCACAGCAAUGCUCCAUUAUCUUUAGUAGAAAGCCUUCAAGCCUGGACAGUAGAGUCAGUUACAUAUACAAAAGUAAUAUAAACUCGUUUUCAACUCCCUUAAUUUCAGAAAUAAACAAUGAACAAGCUUCUGUCCAUAUAGUGUAUACAGUAUAUGGUUAUUUUAUACUUUUGAACUAAUAAAAUGCCCCCCCCUGCUACAUGUGAAUAUACUACUAUGACAGUUUUUUUGGGCCACUGUUAAAAGACUUAAUUCGUACACUUAGGGAAUACAGUGAUAAUAUUUUGAGCAUAAAGUCGUAAUAUUUUAAGACUAAUACAUUUGAGAAUAAAGUCAUAACAUUUGAGAAAAAGAGACAGAGAAUAAAGAAUAAAUUUGAAAUAUUUUGAGAAAGAAGUCAUAACGUUUUGAGAAUAAAGUCGUAACAUUUUGAGAAUAAAUUCAUAAUAUUUCAAGAAUAAUAUUGUGAUAUUUUGAGAAUUAAGUCAUAUUUUUUUAAGAAUAAAGUCGUAACUAAUUUGAGAAUUAAAUCAGAAUAUUUUGAGAAUAAUAGUGAUUUUUUUUAAUAAACUUGUAAUUAAUUUAAAAUAAAUUUGUAAUAUUUCAGGAAUAAAGUCAUAAUUAAUUUAAGAAUAAAGUCAUAAUAUUUCAAGAAUAAUAGUGAUAUUUUAAGAAUAAACUUGUAACUAAUCUAAGAAUAAAUAAAGAUUUUUUUAAGAUAAUUAAUUCAGAAUAUUUCCAGAAUAAAUUUGGAAUAUUUCGUGAAAAGUCAUAAAAUUAUGAUAACAGUUAUUGGUUUAUUGAUAUAAAACACUGUUGCAAAGUCUUUGACUAUAACAAUGCAACUUUCCUUUCCUUUUUCUUUAAACAAAAAUGUUAAAAUUUUAUUUCCGAAAUAUUAUUACGUUAUUCUCGUAAUGCCAUAUUGUAUGACUUUAUUUCUCCACAAUUUUUUUUAUGACUUUAUUCUCAAUGUAAAUAUUUUGUGCAGUAGCCCUAAAACACUGUCAUAUUAUUUGUAUGCAUAUGUUCCAAUUUAUUUGAUUCAUUUUGCAGAGACUUAAGAUCCUUAAUAUUUGAGAACACUCGUUACUGUACUUACUUUUUUUUUUUUUUACUGUUUUAUCUCUUUCAACCACAUUAAGUUAUCUAUGUAUCAAUUCAUCCACAAACAGGCAACAGUCAGUGCCUACAAGUUCCACACCACCAGGGGGCAGGACUGUGACACACUAGCGACCUACUGUAGUAUGCCUGUACCAGUGUGAAGACAGCAAGCAGUCAGCACACACACACACACACUUAAAAAUCAGCCAAGAACAUAGUCAUGUACAUGCUAACGUGCUGCUAUAUGAUCCACCCACCCGUUCAUGAAUGUCAGCCAUGUAUUUUCAGGUCUUUGACCUUUCAUCCUCUAACAUAACACACACACACACACACACACACACACACACAGGCCUACAGUCUACACAUAGUCUACACCACCACUAGAAGACUGCCUCCUGAAGGCUAACGCUAGCUUGAACAGAAACUACUGUCCUGGACAACAAAUAAUGGAUUUUUAUUUAUUGUAGGACCAGAGGUAAAUAUUUAUGUACAUAUUCAGUGCUAAUAUUUUGUGAUACUCGUAGGAAAGAGAGAAAUCUUUAUUGUCUGAAUAAAACCCAGCUCUAUUAUUUAAUGGUUUGUUUCGAAUGUGUUUUAUCUGUAUGGUAUUUUGUAGAAUUUGUUAAUUUGUAACCCCUUUAUUCCUUUAUCCCCUUUUUCUCCUUCUUCUUCUUCUUCUUCUUCACCAUAAAUCCAUGUUGGAGACUGUGUGUUUGUACCAGUUUUUGGCAUUAUUGGAAGUGCCUUAACUCAGUGGCAUUCACCAUAGACCCCACAUUUGUUUUGAUGCUGCAUGACUAAAUCAAACACCUCAACAAAAAACAAUGUAAUCCUUACUCGUUUGUGGCUUUUUUUAAGGUUCAGCGAUUUAUAUGCCUUUUUCUUACAAUAAAAGCAUCAUUGGAAGCAA